AAAAUCUGAGGGCUUUCCUGUAAAAUUUCUAUGAAUUUUCCGGGGUUCUGCUGCUUUGUCAAAUCGGCUCGACCGAGAAUGGCGUUGAGGUUCUCCUACGUUACACCUUCGCAGCUAAUUAACUUGCGCCGGAGUGCGAAGGUGGCGAUUGUUGACGUCCGAGACGAGGAGAGGAGCUACGACGCCCACAUCGCCGGCUCUCAUCAUUAUGCCAGUGGUAGCUUCUCGGAGAGAAUCCCGAAUCUCGUGGGAGCAGUCCAGGGCAAUGACAUCGUUGUUUUCCACUGCGCACUCAGCCAGGUAAGGGGACCAGCUUGCGCACAAACAUUUGUAGAUUACCUAUCCAAGAUGAAUGAGGAUCCCGGGAUUAAGGAGGUGAUGGUUUUGGAGCACGGUUUUAAUGGCUGGCAAGCUUCUGGAAGAUUAGUCUGCAACUGCACUGAUGUCCCCUGCAAGUCUGAAAGUGCAUAGCUAACUUGCUUUUAUUUACAACUGAAACUACUUAAUUUUAACUACAAGCUUUCAUCAUUAUUUUGGAGCUAUGUUAUAUUACAUACUAAUAAUGAUCAAUUUCGGUUCCGAUCGUCGUGCUUAAGAUUGAGUGCCGGCAUUGAUGUGAGUACUACCAUUAAAUUCUCUCAAAAUGUCUCAUUAUGAUAAUCAAAUGAUCAGCCAUGAGGAUCUAUCAACUUGUUGAAUGAGGAGUUUGAAUUCCUGGAAUCUGAAUAUGUAGUUUUGACACAGAACAACAUAAUGAUAUUGCAAUUGCUUAAUAUUUUUAUUAA